AUGACUUCAACGGACGAUGAAGUCUAUGCAACUCUCCUUUUAAACGACUCUUAUCUCCCAGGUGCUGUAACAGGAGCUCUGGUCCUGGCACAUUCCCUACGAGAUGGUGGCACUUCCAAGAAGCUGGCAGUGCUUGUCACUAAAGAAUCAGUCUCUACGAAAUCAUUGAUAGAACUGCAGAAAAUAUACGACUAUAUCAUACCUGUUGAUCGCAUUGUCAAUAAAUCUCCCGAAAACCUUCAUCUCAUGAAUCGACCUGACCUUCACUCGACCUUCACAAAGCUCGUGCUAUGGAAGCAGUUAAACUUCCGAAAGAUUGUUUAUGUAGAUUCUGAUAUGAUCGCUCUUCGAGCACCCGAUGAGCUAUUUGAUCUACCCUACGAAUUUUCUGCUGCUCCAGAUAUUGGAUGGCCGGAUAUCUUUAAUUCUGGCCUGAUGGUACUUAGCCCAAAUCUGAGCGAUUACUAUUCCCUGCUCGCUAUGGCUGAGCGGGGAAUAUCCUUUGACGGCGCAGAUCAAGGGCUUCUAAACAUGCAUUUCCGGAAUAAUUAUAACCGUCUGAGCUUCACAUAUAACGUCACUCCGUCAGCUCAUUAUCAGUAUUUCCCGGCAUAUCGUCACUUUCGUUCGGGCAUAAGUAUGAUUCACUUUAUCGGCCAAAAUAAGCCUUGGUAUCAAGAGAGACACAGGAGAAAGGAUUCUUCCCCAUACAAUGAGAUGGUAGAAAAAUGGUGGGCAAUAUAUGAUCGACACUACAAAAUUUCGGCAGAUAGCUCUAAAGACUCUCAAGAUACUGCUGAUGAAUACCCAUCGUGUCAAAGCCAAGCACAAGGCAAUAUACCAAGUGAUGGUCCCAUAUUACAAUGUCACUCACAUCAUCAAGAUAGAUCAGAAGGCGAAAAACUAACUAUACUUGAAUAUCAUGGCGAUGAAAUAUAUCAGGAUCAUUCUUGUCAUGUGACCAAAAUAAAGGGCCAGGACCUUGAAGAACCCGAUACAAAGCCUCAUUUUGAUUGCAGUCAUGAAAUCAUGGACAGUGAGGAUCACUUCCAAGAAAACUUGAAGCAAGGUAAAGGUCAGCGCGAAGAGGUUGUAAAAGAGAUACAGUCUGAAACUCCAACCGUUUCGAAGGAAGAAACUAACGGUUUUCAAACGUCAUCUCCCGAAGAACCAACAGUUCAUGAUGAUCAGUACCUGAUCUGGGAUGCUAGCAAAGAACCACCGCCGAUCGAUUCUAGACCCGAAGCUUCAAAUUUGCCCGUUACACAAUAUAACAUGUCUUCCGACCCAACGCCUUUCAAGCCUCCUGACCGAUAUCCUGACCCGCCCAAGAAUAUGUGGUAUGAGGUUCCAUCAACCCCCAAAUAUCAAAAACCUGUUCCUAUAUUUCCAUGGGAAAUAAAUGCCCAGAAGCCUUCAAGAGUAUUUCCUGAAGAUGUUGACGAAAAUUACUUUUUUGAAUCUAAUCAUGAUGAAAAUUUCGACGCAAUAGAAGAAAAUACUGUUAAAAAUGAAAUUCCCCAUAAUUCUGCCGCAACUAUUUCUUCUACUGAUCAAUGGCAAUCGUACACACACAGGAAUGCUUGGGACGAUAUCCCUGAAAUUGAGCGUUAUAUAGGAAAUCUGCAGCAAUCCCGCUUCGGAAUGGAUAGUUCGGGUAAGAGAGAUCAUGGUGCUAAAUUCCCAGAUUAUUUCGGAAUAUUCGAGCGAAAACAUUUACCAGUAACACCAAUGCCAAUUCGAAAGCCCAAUUUCUGGGGAAACGAAAGCUACCCAGAUCAACUGCCCGAUGCUGAAGGUGUUCCAUCUCAAGAAGAAUGGGACCCAACAAGGCAGCUAGAAAACCUUGCUCACACAAAGGCAAAUUUAUUGGCUCAAACGUUGGAAGGACAUAAUUCAAACCCCCGAGAGAUCCCUUUGCGUGCGUUGCCGUUCGGAUCAGAAGGGUUAUGCCUCUCAGGAAAUAGAUCUUAUCGGAAGGCAGAGGCGGCGCCUAAGCUAGGUCCUCAUAUUUCCAGAACUACUUUCGGCAUCAAUUAA